UCGCCUCAGUCGGCGGCGCGAAGGAGCGGCGUGCGGAGCAGGCGUGCGGGCGGCAGGCGCGGCACGGCACGGCACGGCUUCCCCACGGCACGGCUUCCCCGCGGCCCGGCGCCCACCCCCCGCCUCCUCGCCCCCGUCCCCCAUGGAGUUCAAGCUGGAGGCGCACCGCAUCGUCAGCAUCUCGCUGGGCAAGAUCUACAGCGCGCGGGGCCAGCGCGGCGGCCUCAAGCUCCACAAGAACCUCCUGGUGUCGCUGGUGCUGCGCAGCGCCCGGCAAGUCUACCUGAGCGAGCCGGGCUGCCCGCCCGAGCCGCCCCCCGCCGCCUGCGGGCCCCCCGAGGAGGAGCCGCCGCCCUGCGGCACCGCCUGGGCGGCCGGCGAGCCGCCGCCCCCGCAGGACGAGGCGGCUAGGGGCGGCCCGCGGCUGCCCGGCGCGGACUGCGAGGGCCCCCGGCCGCGGCGCUGUUGCUGCGGCUGCAGCUGCUGCUGCUGCGCGGCGGCGGCGGGGGGAGGCGAGGCGAACCGCGCGGACUGCGCCACCGCCGGGGCCGCGGCGCCCCCGCCGCCCCACUGUCCCCGGAAGCGGAGCGCCGGCGAGCGGGGCCAGGCGGGUUCCCCGGUGAAGAAGCCCCGUCGCGAGGUGGAGGAGCCGCCGCCGCCGGGCGAGCAGGAGGACAUGGAGACGGGCAACGUGGCCAGCCUCAUCAGCAUCUUCGGCUCCAGCUUCUCGGGACUGCUCAGCAAGGAGCCCAAGGGCCGGCGGCGGGCGCCCCUUGACAGCGGCGAGGCGCCGACGACGACGUCGCCGUCGCCCGCCGAGGCGGCGGCCGAGCCGGGACAGAUCUGCUGCGACGAGCCGGUGCUGCGGACCCUCAACCCCUGGAGCACGGCCAUCGUGGCCUUCUGACGCGCCGGCCGCGGGCCGCAGAGACUCGCCCUCCGCCGCGGGGAGGGGGGGCCCGGCGGACGGACGGACGGGCAGCCGGACCGAGAGGUGACACCCCCCGCCCUCCUCCCGCACCCCCGGCCCGGCGGAGGAGGGCGCCCGCCGUAGCGGGCAGCGCCGCGGGGCUCCGGCGCCGGCGUGUCCCGGCGCCCUGCCCCGCCGGACGGGAAGGACCGCGGGUCAGCGGCAGCAGCAGCACUUCCCCCUUCCCCGCCCGCCGCCGGCACCCCGGGUGCCGUCUGCCGGCACCCGCCCCGGGAGCGGGCCCGGCCCUGCCCUCCCGGAGUUCCCCUUCCUGGCCGGGCCGCCGCCCGGGGGAGGCUCCUCGGCUGCUGCCGACACCAGGGGCACUCCCACCGGGUAGUAUUUUAAGCUUGGAAAGUAUUAAGUUUAUUAAAUAAAGUUUCUAUUUUGGAAAGGUUUAGGUCAGAACUAUUACAUGGUGCUUUUUAAAAGUGUUUAUUGAGAGAAACGAAGUUUACAGAUGCUCUGACGGAAAGUCCUUGAGCCUGUUUGUUAGGCUUGGUAACUCCCGGUCUUUGUUGUAUAAAGGCUUGGGACUCCCGUAGGGAUUUUUGUACAGUGUUCUCCUUCAGUGAUGUAUCUUGUUUUGUAUAAAAUGUAAUUCUACGUGUACAACACGUAUUAAAUAUUUUCAACUCUA